GUUUUGAUCAAAAACAGCUUUGCGCGCACACCUUUGCUAGUGGAAAUCGAAAGUCCGGAUCCAGACCAUAGACCACAUUGGGAAUCGUAUGCGAGGUUUAUCGGUCUUCGCGCAGGAGGAGCCAGUGGCAGCGUUACCAUGAACAACAGCGACGGCCGAACUCCAUCGUCGUCUUCCCGUAGCAAGAUGAAUACCCAAACUUCCUUCGUCGGCUCACAGCGCCGAUGUGACUACGUCGUCUGCCAGCCUGAAGAGGAAGUUUCUGUUCCAUUAGACGCCUGUCGCAGUGGGGUCCUUCGCGUUGCGCCAUUAGUGGAGCAUGGCGGUUGCUUAGCCCGUUUGGAGGAAAUCGUGAUGCAGUGUGCGUCAGAGGAAGCUGAGCAUAUAGCAAUGGCAGAAGCAGAGGCGCAAGAAAUGAUGCGUCGCCAUCUUCAGGGCAGCUCUGAAAAUACCGG